AUGGAGAAGUCGCUUGAAAAAAGUUGCAAGAAAUCGUUAUUUGAUACUUUUCUAGAAGAAAUAAAAAAUGAAGAGUUAGAAUCUAAUAAUCCAAAUAAUGAAACAUCUAUCGAAAAUACGAUAAGCAUGGAUGAUGAGAAUUCUUCAAUUAAUAACCAAGACAAUGUUUUGAAUGAACAUAAUAACUGUGAUAUUAUUCUUAAAGCAUUUGAUGAUGCAUUUGAAACAAUUUAUGGCAAUAAUGAAGUGAGCUUUAUUCAUAUCCAGAAAAUAUCUGAAGAACUUCAAGAAAAUUGUAUACAUAUGAUAAAUACAAUUAAAACCCAAAGUGAAUCAAUUGAAAUUGAAAAGUCUAAAUAUAAUUUAUUAGAAAAAAAAUCUGCUACUACUAUAAAUAAGUUACAAUUGGAAGUCACAAAACUAAAUUUGCAACUCAAACAACAAUCUUCAUUUAGUUCUAUUGUUGGAUCUACACUAUGUUAUUAUUUGUGGAAAACAACUCAAAUAUCUUCAGUAGUUGAUAUGGUUUUACAAAAAGAUAACAUAACAAAUAUGGCUAAAUUUAUUACUAAUAUACUUAGUUCUUUUAUUAAAACAUAUAAUACACAGAUGCCAUCAAUAAAAACAAAUGAGGCACAAUUUGUGUUACAUAUUUUGAAAAUAAUAGCUAAUCUAACAAUCACAAAAAGUGGUUGUCACUUUUUUUCACAAAUAAAUGAUGGAAUUAAUAUUAUUAAUCUUAUUGUGGCUUUGGUGUUGUGUACACCUCCUGAUACAUUAAAAAAAAGUGCUUAUACGAUAUUGUAUAAUGUAAGUAUUAAAUUUAAUGGAUACUUGCUUAUGAAAAACAAUCAACUCUUACAAACAUUACUAAAUGAUAUCAAAGUAGCACCUACUAAGGACAACAACAUAAUACUGUUAUCUUUAAAUUUGCUACUUUCUUUAACUAGAAAAAUGGAUAAGUCAAUGUAUAUGAUUUUUAAAAAUGAAAUAAAUUUACAAGAAAUACUCAAGUUUACAAAAUAUACAGAGACAGAAUUAACAGCCAGAAAAAUCCUUGAUAACAUUAAUAUUGCUAGUGAAAAA